AUGAGUGCCCUCAAGGCUUCGAAGAAACGCAAGGCCGUUACUCGGGAUGUGGAGGAGGAACCGGGUGUGUUUUCGGGGGAUGAAUUGAACACUGGUGAUCUGGAAGGUGCACUUUCAGAUAAUGCAAAUGAUUUAUCAAGCGACGAAGAUGCCAGUGAUUCGGAAGUCGAACUGGUGGAUGACUUCAGUGAUGAAGAAGAUGAGGAAGAGGAUGAAUUAGACAGCGAUGAAAUCCCAGAACGAGAGGAACCGAAUUAUCGCAUUGUCAAGGAUGCCAAUGGGAACGACCGCUUUCUCUAUGAUGAGAUUAACCCUGAUGACGAUUCAGAGUACUCCGAUGUCGAAGAGAAUGCCAACACUAUCGGCAAUAUUCCCUUGUCGUUCUACGAUCAGUAUCCUCAUAUCGGCUACGAUAUCAACGGAAAGAAAAUCAUGCGUCCUGCCAAGGGAGAGGCUCUUGAUGCACUGCUUGAUAGUAUUGAAAUCCCCAAGGGUUGGACUGGUCUUACAGAUCCUUCAACCGGCAAGCCAUUGGAGUUAAGCCAGGAUGAGUUGGAGUUGUUGCGCAAGGUGCAAAUGAACGAAAUCCCGGACGAAGAUUAUAACCCCUACGAACCCCUGGUGGAGUGGUUCUCCAGUAAGAAGGAGAUUAUGCCAUUGAGUGCUGCUCCGGAGCCGAAGCGUCGAUUCGUCCCGUCGAAACACGAAGCCAAGCGUGUCAUGAAGAUCGUGAAGGCGAUCAAAGAAGGUCGGAUCCUGCCUUACAAGCCUCCAACCGAGGACGAGGUUGAUGAGGAUGUGAUCAACUACGACCUGUGGGCGGACGAGGCAGAGCGGCCAGAUCACCCCAUGAAUGUUCCUGCUCCCAAGCUUCCACCGCCGGGCUAUGAGGAGAGUUACCAUCCUCCUCUUGAAUAUCUCCCUGACAAAACGGAACGGAAGACCUGGGAGGAGACUGACCCUGAAGACCGAGAGCGUGACUUUCUUCCGCAAGAUUUCGGCUCUCUUCGUAAAGUUCCUGGAUUCGAGUCUUUCGUUAAGGAAAAGUUUGAGCGCUGUCUGGAUCUUUACCUGGCUCCUAGAGUUCGUAGGAGCAAAUUGAAUAUCGACCCCGAAAGCCUCCUCCCUAAACUUCCUAGCCCCGAAGAGUUGAAGCCAUUCCCUACUACCUGCGCCACUGUAUUUAGGGGCCACAAGGGUCGUGUUCGUUCUCUUGCGGUCGACCCCUCCGGUGUUUGGCUUGCUACCGGCGGUGACGAUGGAACCGUCCGUGUUUGGGAGCUCCUCACAGGCCGUCAACUGUGGAGCGUAAAAUUGGGUGACGAGGAGUCGGUGAAUGCCGUUCGUUGGAGGCCUGGCAAGGAUGCCGUCAUACUCGCCGCCGCAGCAGGCGACAGUAUAUUCCUUGCAGUGCCUCCAAUUGCUGAUCCGGAAAUCGAACAAGCUAGCUUUGAUAUCCUCGACGCAGGCUGGGGAUAUGCAGCAUCGAGACCUCCCCCGACCGCAGCAGAGGAAAACAAGAAGAACACUCCCCCUCAGUGGAUUCGCCCGUCCUCGUCUCUUGCUGACUCUGGUAUUUGCGCUGUCAUCCCUCUUCGUUAUGUGGUCAAGACUAUUUCCUGGCAUCGCCGCGGUGAUUACUUUGUCACGGUGUGCCCCGGGUCCUCGACUCCGGCUUCUGUAGCCAUCUCUAUACAUACUCUCUCCAAACAUCUGACCCAAUUCCCAUUCCGCCGGCGCAUCAAGGGAGGUGGUCCUCCCCAGACGGCGCACUUCCAUCCUUCAAAGCCGAUUCUCUUUGUUGCCAACCAGCGAACCAUCCGCGCGUACGACCUCUCCCGUCAGCUUCUCGUCAAGAUCAUACAACCCGGUGCUCGCUGGAUCUCGUCCUUCGACAUCCACCCGACGUCUGCCACUGCCGCCGGUGGAGACAAUCUCGUUGUUGGAUCUUACGAUCGACGCCUUCUGUGGCAUGACCUCGAGCUUUCGCAGCGUCCGUACAAGACAUUGCGGUAUCACCGGAAGGCGAUUCGCUCCGUGCGGUUCCACCCAAGCGGCCGCUAUCCUCUCUUCGCUGAUGCCAGCGACGAUGGCUCUCUGCAAAUCUUCCACGGCAGCGUCACCGGUGAUAUGCUCAGCAACGCCAGUAUCGUUCCCCUGAAGGUGCUCAAGGGUCACAAGAUUACCGGAGAAUUGGGUGUGUUGGAUAUUGAUUGGCAUCCUCGGGAAGCAUGGUGUGUCAGUGCCGGAGCAGAUGGAACUUGCCGUUUGUGGAUGUAA